GCUUCCCUAAAGCCAAGGAGCCCAGUGUUAAAACUGCCUGUGUCUGUAAUGGCUUAUCUGGACUGAGGCCCUGGUCAUCACACAGCCACAUAGUACUCACGGACAGAGGAGAUUCUGAGGGCCAACUUUGAUUGGCAGUCCCUUGCACUGUUAUUACUUGUUUCUUCUCGCCCUGGUUGGUUCAUGUCAACGGCAGAUAUUGAAUUUGGCUGUGGAUUAUUCUGACACAUCGGCAGCCCAGGAUUCAGUUUUAGGGGAUGUGAGAUAUUUCAUUAGCUGUUGUACUUUUGACAAGAAGCUGAUAGCUGAUAAGGGUCUGUUUUCACUCUAUGAGCAGAUGUCAGUAGAGUAUGGUUGUAUGGUAUCCUUCUAAACCUCCCAGUCGUUCCACACACCACCAUGAAUGAGUCAGUAGAAUCCCCAUCAUCAUCACAACCUGUGGACCAGGAACAGUCAUUCCCCUGCCCUGCUGCCACAGCUCCUCGCAAACCAUUCCAGCUCCAGGAGAGACGGGGCUCCAAUGUGUCCCUGGUGCUGGACGUGAGCAGUCUCAGCCUGGGUGCGGUGGAGCCCUUGUGCUCCAUCUCCACCCCCAGAGAGACCCUCCUCCACCUGCUGAGGACCUCAACACGCCCUCUGACCCCCUCUCAGCUGCAGGAGGCAUCUGACGAGACCAGCAGGCUGAACUCAGAGUACCAGAAGAUUCCUCCAAACUUUGUCAACCCUGCAGAGCUGGACAUUCCAGGACACGCCUUAAAAGACAGAUACAAGACCAUACUGCCAAAUCCUGAGACCCGCGUGUGUCUGAGAAACCCUGCAGCAGAGGAAGCGGGUGAUACUGGGAGAUACAUCAAUGCAAACUACAUAAAGGGUUACAAUGGUGCACCCAGAGCCUACAUCGCCACCCAGGGCCCCAUGCUCAACACUGUGCAUGACUUCUGGGAGAUGGUGUGGCAGGAGGGAUCCACCACCAUUGUCAUGAUCACCAAGCUAAAGGAGAAGAACGAGAAGUGCGAGCUUUACUGGCCAGAGAAGGACGGCAGCUAUGGCAGAUUUGAGGUCAGAGUGUCCAUUGUGAAAGAAUGUGAUGGCUACACCAUUCGAGAUAUGAUUAUACAGGUGGGCUCAGAGAACAGGCAGGUAAGACACUACUGGUACUCCACAUGGCCAGACCACCAGACCCCAGACUGCACUGGGCCCCUGCUCAGACUGGUGGUGGAUGUGGAUGAACACAGGCAGUCCAUACCCAGCCCAGGACCCACCAUCGUCCACUGCAGUGCAGGGAUUGGCAGAACAGGUUGUUUCAUCGCCAGCAGCAUUGGAUGCCUACAGCUGCAACACACUAGUAAGGUUGAUGUGCUUCGGAUCGUCUGUAAGCUACGCCUGGAUAGGGGUGGUAUGAUCCAGACCAGUGAGCAGUACCAGUUCCUGUACCUCACCCUGGCUCAGUACAGUAGGCAGCUGGGGAACACAGACAGUGGCUCAGAGAGCCCUGUCCCCAUCCAGACCACUAAAACUACGGGGACAUGCGGUGACAGAGAAAGCCCAGCUAAAACUUGAUAUUUCCACAUGGGGGAAUAAGCUCCUGGAAAUCUGCUCACACACGGUGUCCAUCUCAUCCUCUUGACCGUGACAUUGAUUGUGGCAUUUUGAUGGGCAUGUGAUGUGGUACUCACCGCACCAUGCAGUUUGAAUUUUAUUGAACGUCAUUAGUAUUAAUAUUGUCCAUAUUUGCUACCAUGAUAAUAAAAACAAGUAUUAUGCAUAAUGUCCUUGGCUCUAAUUAGAC